AACUCAGCGCCGGAUUCAAUCGUUCCGAAUCAAAUUAGGGUUUUGGUUCUACCCCCCCCUUUCCUCCUCCUCCUCCCUCCCGCUCCGGAGCUCGUCGGCCGAUCGCCAUGGCGGACGAUGACUUCAACGACAUCGACAUGGGGUACGAAGAUGAACCGCCAGAGCCUGAGAUUGAAGAGGGUGUAGAGGAGGAUGCGGAGAACAAUAACAAUGAGGAUGUUCCUGAUCCUCUUGAUGGUGAAGAAAAAGAAGAACAACCUGUAGAGCGACCUCGUAAGACAUCAAAGUUCAUGACCAAAUAUGAGCGUGCUAGAAUUCUGGGUACUCGUGCUCUGCAGAUCAGCAUGAAUGCGCCUGUCAUGGUUGAGUUAGAGGGUGAAACUGAUCCACUGGAGAUUGCAAUGAAAGAGCUUCGAGAGAGGAAAAUACCGUUCACCAUCCGUCGCUAUCUCCCAGAUGGAAGUUAUGAGGAUUGGGGAGUAGAUGAAUUGAUCGUGGAAGAUUCCUGGAAGAGGCAAGUGGGGGGUGAUUGAUUUUUUCGUCGAGUGUGAAGAUUGGAUGCGGGAUGAAUGAAUUCCGUAGUGAUUGAAUUCUGUAAAUGCUAGUGGUUUCGGGCAUGAACCACUCGACAAGCAAUGUCGAUGACAAUGCCAGUGUCAGGAUCAUGAACUAUUUUAUGUGCGUUUGCGCAUGGUUGCUCUGAGAUGGAGUGUGUAAUAGAGAUCCGGUGACUUUUAAACGCUCUACUUCGUACAUGUGUUUUGCCGGGAA